AUGGCUCCUAACCGCUCCCUACCGCCCUCCACCGCUCUCAGUCUACAGCCUGCUGGCAUGCCGCUGCCCCUGUCUCGAGAAGAGGGGAAAUCUUGUAACUCGUUCGCAUGCUCUUCGCCCUCCCAGCUAUCCCUGCUCGCAUCGCUAUUCUCUGCUGACGUGGAUGAGGAGGAGGAGGAGGAGGAGGAGGAGGAGGAGGAGGAGGAGGAGGAGGAGGAGGAGGAGGAGGAGGAGGAGGAGGAGGAGGAGGAGGAGGAGGAAGGGGAGGGGGACGAAGAGGAACCUUCCAUGCGGCUUCUGCUAGACAUCAUGGAGCGCCGCGCAUUGCCUCUCCUCUGCCGCCUGUUGCUCUGUGCGACUCUCUGCACUGCCUACGGCGCGUCGGCCGCAUCAUUGCUCGCGCCGAUCCUCUCUCACCAUGGCGGCUCUUCUGCUGUUGCUUCUGCCGCUUCUGCUGUGGUCAAUCCUUCUGCCACUUCUGCUGCGGUCAAUCCUUCUGCCGCUUCUGCUGCGGUCAAUCCUUCUGCCGCUUCUGCUGCGGUCAAUCCUUCUGCCGCUUCUGCUGCGGUCAAUCCUUUUGCCGCUUCUGCUGCGGUCAAUCCUUCUGCCGCUUCUUCCACUGUUAAUCCUUCCGGUUCGGUGGUGCACGGGAGAUUAAUCUCUGCCAUGUGUGCUACUGCUGACAUGUGCUAUAGCCCAUGUGUGUGCCACUGA